UUACAGAAUCUACUGAUGUAUCAGGCACCAUUCUACAGAGAGCCACUUGUAGAUGUCUCCUGGCAGAUACUGCUCCUCUGGUGUCACAUUUGUGAGAGCAGAGACCUGAACACUUUCUCCAGUCUGCAGGUAUCUGCGAACAUGAAGAAGCUGUCGCUGAAUUUCACCCUCUUCCUGCUGCUGAUCGGUCCCGUGUCCUCUGCGCCCCUCAACCAGGCUAAUGUCGUCUGCUGCAUAGAUACCUGUCACCCUCACGACUGCUCGGAUAUGGCUGCCCAGGGUCUGACCUCGGACGGUGUGUACCUGAUAUAUCCUGGUGGUGCGAACGCUCCUCCGGUACCUGUUUAUUGUGACAUGAGCAGCGCUGGAGGACCCUGGACGGUGUUUCAGAAGAGGUUUGAUGGUAGUGUGGACUUCUACCGUGGCUGGAAAGAAUACAAGAACGGGUUUGGGAAGGCAAACGGAGAAUACUGGCUGGGUUUGCAGAACAUUUACCUACUCACCCAGAAGAGGUCGUAUUGUCUUCGUGUUGACCUAGGAGAUUUUGAGAAUGAUACUAGAUACGGGACCUAUGAUACCUUCUCUCUGUCACAGUUCGCCAUUGAUCCAGAGGAGGACGGGUACAAGCUGCACAUUGGAACAUUUAAAAACGGUGACCCCAACAAACCAAUUGGAGAUUCACUGAGAAGUCAGAAUGAGAUGAAUUUUUCCACCAGUGACAAUGACAGAGACACAUAUUCAGGUAACUGUGCCAUCAAUUUUCAAGGAGCCUCUUGGUACAAGGACUGUCACAGCGCCAACCUAAAUGGACUAUAUCUAAAGGGAAAAACCAGCCAGUAUGCAAAGGGCAUGACUUGGUCAGGAUGGAAAGGACAAUACUACUCCCUGAAAACAUCUGAGAUGAAGAUCGCCGUAAAUGUCUAAGUUAUUGAUGUCUCAUUGGGUUUCUGUGGAGAAGGACAAUCACCUUGAGGCCAAGGACCCUCAACAUCCACCUCUAGUGCCAUCAUGAGCAUCAACAAGGCUUCAAUCAGAUGCAAUUUCCAGCUCUUGGACAAUCACAUCUGUGAAUGAUGUAUUAUUGUAUUCAUUUUAAACAGAGUAUUGUGAUUAUAUAGUCAAAAGAGUCUUGAGAUGAUGGGGCGGGAGGAAGGGGGGGGGGGGAGAGUCUCCUUACUGGAAAUUCCAGGAUUUUCUUCGUAAAACAAAGACUUUGUCUGAUACUUACAACCACAAAAGAGGAACCUUGGGGAAAACAAUAAGUAAAAUACACUGGGGCAGAGUUACUAAUUCUGUCUGAUAGUU